GUCCUCAUGACGAAGCUGCGGAAAACACCCAAGCCAAAAAACCACGAAUUUAUGUGGAGGCCACUUUUAAUUUUCUACUUCUUUAUUCCCAGCAGACAGAGAGUGAUAUUUUUUGUAAUUCCUACCUUUGCUACAACAUUUACGGAACCCCGAAGCACCGACUCUACACACGGCCAUGUGACGAUGGAAGCCCAUCUGGCAAAAGCCCGUCUGGCCCAGAAGUAUGAGGAGGCCACGCUGUCAUCUGGCCAGCUGCACUCCAGUUAUGGAAGGUACCCACUCAGACCGGUUACAUCACCGUGGAGUGCCACUAUGGAAAUGAGCCAGUGACACGCUCACAUCGCCGAUGCCCAAUGUGGAAAGAAGACAAUCUGUGGAUCAUGUCGCUGAAGAGGUGGGGCCAGCCCGUGGAGACGACACAGGACUGAAUCCCCACGCCAACAAAUCCACGCAGUGAGCACAGGCGCAGCAAUGUAAGCGGAGGUGCGGAAGAGAGUGUUUUCGUGCGGCGACGUGGAGAGACCAUGCAUCCCAGGAUUUGAUUUGCCUCCAAAACAAAGAAGCGUCAAGUAGGACAAAGACGUCCAGGACAAAGACUCCGACUCUGAACGUCCAGCAUGCCUCGCAACCGAGCCUUCUCAGAGCCCGAGUACUCAGCGGAGUAUUCCGCGGACUGCUCCGUGACCUUGCCCUCUGACCCCGGGCAGGCAGUCGGACGAACACACGAGGUCACGGUGAGGAGCUCAGGAUGCUGCCUCUGCCUGCCCAGAUUCAUGCGCCUCACCUUUGCACCAGAGUCGCUGGAGAACCUCUACCAGACCUACUUCAGGCGCCAAAGACACGACACCCUCCUGGUUCUGGUCGUGUUUGCCGCGCUCUUUGACAGCUUCAUCAUCGUCAUGUGUGCGGUGGUCUACACCAGCGACAAACUGGCGUCCGUGUUGGUGGCAUCGCUGGGACUUCUGGCUGACAUCGUCCUUUACCUGCUGUGCCGAUUCGGGCUCCUGCCGGAUCGGAUCUCAAGGCGCGUGGUACCCUACGCCCUGUGGGUUCUCAUAGCGGCCCAGAUCUUCUCCUACCUGGGUCUGAACUAUGCCCGCUUUCACCAGGCCAGUGACACGGUGGGCUGGCAGGCCUUCUUCAGUUUUUCCUUUUUCCUCACGCUGCCCUUGAGGCUGACGCCCAUUGUCCUCAUUGCCACCGUCACCUGCGGGGUGCACACCCUGGUUCUGGGGGUCACCAUCGCCCAGCAGCAGCAGGAGAACAUCCACGGGGCGGCACUUGGACGACAGCUCCUGGCCAACAUUGUGAUCUACGUUUGCGCUAUCACCGUGGGGGUCAUGUCGUAUUACAUGGCUGACCGAAAGCAUCGGAAAGCCUUCCUGGAGGCUAGACAGUCCCUCGAAGUGAAACUAAACCUGGAGGAGCAGAGCCAGCAACAGGAACGCCUGCUGCUGUCCAUCCUCCCGAAGCACAUAGCCGAUGAGAUGCUGCAGGACAUGAAGAAGGAGCCCAGUCAGAAAGAGAUGCAGCAGUUCAACACCAUGUACAUGUACAGACAUGAAAAUGUCAGUAUUUUGUUUGCAGACAUCGUCGGCUUCACCCAGCUGUCAUCGUCAUGCAGUGCUCAGGAGCUGGUCAAACUACUCAAUGAACUCUUUGCUCGAUUUGACAAACUGGCGGCGAAAUAUCACCAGCUGAGGAUCAAGAUCCUGGGGGACUGUUACUAUUGCAUCUGCGGCUUGCCAGACUACAGGGAGGACCAUGCCGCCUGCUCCAUCAUGAUGGGCCUCGCCAUGGUUGAGGCCAUAUCGUACGUGCGGGAGAAAACCCAGACAGAUGUUGACAUGCGGGUCGGAGUGCACAGUGGUACGGUCCUGGGGGGGGUGCUGGGUCAGAAACGCUGGCAAUACGACGUAUGGUCCACUGACGUCACCGUCGCCAACAAGAUGGAAGCCGGAGGGAUACCGGGUCGUGUCCACAUCUCACAGAACACCAUGGAGUGUCUUCAUGGGGAGUUUGAAGUGGAGCCGGGGAAUGGAGGGGAGCGCUGUGACUACCUGAGGGAGCGAGGAAUCGAGACCUACCUGGUGGUUGUCUCUAAAGGGGGAAAGAACGGCAUCAACAGUGUAAAACUGUCCGUGUCGUCGUCCAAUGGAAACUCUCCGUUGCUGAUCAACACAAGUGACUGUAACGGCAGCGUGAACACAGCCUGCACCACACCGGAGGAACCUGAAGAACUGGACACAAGGGUGGUAAACCCUUCCUUCCCAAACCCUCGGCGAAGACUGCGUCUGCGGGACCUGGCCGAAAGGGUGAUUGAUGCCCAAGAGAACGAACAGGAGCUCAGCAAACUGCUCAACGAGGCUCUGCUGGAAAGGGAAACUGUCCAGGCGCUGAAGGGGAAACACACCAACCGUCUCUCCCUGAGGUUCGUGGACCCAGACUUGGAGACCCGCUACUCCGUGGAGAAGGAGAAGCAGAGUGGUGCUGCCUUCUGCUGUUCUUGUGUGGUACUGCUCUUCACCACCGCUAUGGAGGCUCUCAUAGAUCCAAGGUUGAUUGCAAAUUACAUCACCUUUGCCGUGGGAGAAGUCCUCCUCCUAAUCCUCACCAUCUGCUCGCUGGCCGCCAUCUUGCCCAGGGUUUUUCCCAAGAAGCUUGUCGGGUUCUCCACUUGGAUCGACCACACUCGCUGGGCUCGCAACACCUGGGCCAUGGCGGCCAUCUUCAUACUUACCAUGACGGACAUUGUGGAUAUGCUCAGCUGUCUGCCUCAAAGCCCAACGUCCGCCGGUGCCUCGUCUUUCUCCUCCACGUGGUCGAGUCCCGAAGGCUGUCUGAACAACCCCAAGUACUACAGCUACAUUGCUGUGCUGGCGCUGAUGGCCACCACCAUGCUGGUCCAAGUCAGUCACAUGGUCAAGCUGACGCUGAUGCUGCUCAUCACCGUGGCGACUGGCGUUGUUAACGUGUACAGCUGGAGGGACGUGUUUGACCACUACGACACGGCACGCUUUCAGGAAUACAGGUCCUAUCUGGUGCCCUCCAAGGUCACAAUGACAGUUAUGAUCUUCAUUAUGAUGCUCAGCUUUUAUUAUUUCUCCCGACAUGUGGAGAAGCUGGCUCGCACCCUGUUUCUGUGGAAGCUUGAGGUUCACGAGCAGAAGGAGAAAGUGUACGAGAUGAGGCGCUGGAACGAGGCGUUGGUGACCAACAUGCUUCCUGAACAUGUGGCCCGACACUUCCUGGGCUCCAAGAAAAGAGACGAGGAGUUGUACAGUCAGUCGUACGAUGAGAUCGGAGUCAUGUUUGCCUCCAUCCCCAACUUCUCCGACUUCUACACUGAGGAGAGCAUCAACAACGGAGGCAUCGAAUGCUUGCGCUUCCUCAAUGAGAUUAUUUCUGACUUUGACAGCCUGCUGGAUGAUCCCCAGUUUCGCUGCAUCACAAAAAUCAAGACCAUCGGAAGCACCUACAUGGCAGCAUCAGGUGUGACUUCAGAUGUCAGUAAUGGCUACACCUGCAUGAAGAAGGAGGAGCAGUCGGACAAAGAGCGCUGGCAGCACCUGGCGGACCUGGCCGACUUUGCCCUCGCCAUGAAGGUCACACUGAUGAACAUCAACUAUCAGUCAUUCAACAACUUCAUGCUUCGAAUUGGUCUGAACAAGGGAGGAGUUUUAGCAGGAGUGAUUGGAGCCCGGAAACCUCACUAUGACAUCUGGGGAAACACGGUGAAUGUGGCCAGUCGGAUGGAGUCCACGGGGGUGAUGGGGAAUAUUCAGGUGGUGGAGGAUUGCUACAACAUCCUGAAAGAGUACGGCUUCCGCUUUGUGAGGAGGGGGCCGAUCUUUGUGAAGGGCAAAGGGGAGCUCCUCACCUACUUCCUGAAGGGACGAGACAAACAAGGUUCCUUUAUUAACGGCUCCUCUGUUACACUUCCACAUCAGGUGGUGGACAGUUAAACCCAAACCCAAACCCCAAACCCAAACGUGUUCCAAAUGCAGAUAGGCCUGAGGAAAGAACUUCUGGAAUAGGAAGUCGUUUGCCUUGAAACCAUGAAAUGCCCAAAUCUGUGGGACCACCUUGUCCUGCAGGCAAAUGUUCAUUCAUGCUGUUAUAUUAAUCCACUUGGUCCACACUCAUGGUCCACUCUCAUGGUCCACACUCAUGGUCCACUCUCAUGGUCCACUCUCAUGGUCCACACUCAUGGUCCACUCUCAUGGUCCACACACGCUACUCAUGGUCCACACUCAUGGUCCACUCUCAUGGUCCACACCCAUGGUCCACACUCAUGGUCCACACCGAUGGUCCACACCGAUGGUCCACACUGAUGGUCCACACUGAUGGUCCCCACUAAAACGGCCUAAGUCACUGAAUGAGGGGGUUAUCCAAAGAAUUGUGGAUGAACUUGAAAAUGAACAUUCAUGCAGCUCAUUUGCUUCUCGGACCACUGAAGGGAUGCCAAUGGACUCUUCAGGUUGUCUGGUACCGGGUAGGACGCCUUCCGUCCUGUCUAGUCUUGAAUGGAUGAGACGCCAGACGUCCAUCCAAGACAAUCUGAAGAGUUUUUAAAUAAAAAGGCCCUGAGAAUAUGAUAUGUGUCAUGAUGAGGGAUCCACCCAUAUGGAUUUUUGGGGCCGAUGCCGAUACCGAUUUUUUUCUAUCACCCUUAGCCGAUGGCCGAUUUUGCUUGGGCUGAUAUUUUUGGCCGAUACUGCUUUUGAUCCCUCAAUUUACAUGAAAAAUGACCAUGAUAACAAAUAUUACGGGUCUGAUGUUUAAUGAAAUGUUUUAUGAAAUGUCGCUGCCAUGUAAUAAUAAAUAAUAAAUAAUAAAUAAUGAAGGAAAAAAGGCAAAUAUCGGCCCGAUGUAUCGGUGGAUCCUUAGUCAUGAUGUAGCCGUCGUAUUAGCAUCUCCACAUCGUUCAAGCGAUGGUUAAACGUCCCCAAAGGGUCAUUGGUGGAACCAACCACAAAAAGCAUGGAGUGCAAUCAAACUGUGAUUCUUAAAUGUGCGAUGCACCUUUAAACAUACACUUCCCUCAAAGAGCAGCAAGACGUUGAAGGUUCACAUUUUUAUGACCCGUGGAUCUGAUACACAAAGUCCAUGUGCAGACUUCCUGUAUCGGCAUUUAGGAUUCCGAAACAUACAAGCUGAGGUGAA